AUGCGUCUGCUCGCGGCGGCGCAGGUUGGAGGUGCUGCACCGCUCUUGCGGCGAUGUCGCAACGGCGCAGCACGCCACAAGUCCAGCGGAAGCGCGCACAUCUCCUGCUUUGAUCUCUUCUCGAUUGGCAUCGGCCCGUCCUCCUCCCACACUGUUGGACCGAUGCGCGCGGGCGCCAAGUUCGCGCAGAUUCUCGAGCAGCAGGGCAUGCUCGGGUCGACCAAAUCGGUGGUGGUCAAGGUGUAUGGCUCGCUUGCACUGACUGGAUUCGGGCACGGUACCUUCACGGCCAUCCAACUCGGCCUAGAGGGCUCGCUGCCCGCGAGUGUCGACAUCGACACCAUGCCGGCUCGGUUGGAGGCCAUCCGGAGCGAGCGCACACUGCUGCUGAAUGGAUCGCACCGAAUUGCGUUCGACCCGAGGACCGACAUCGAGAUCCGCGGGGAUGAGCUGCUGCCGUAUCACACGAAUGGCAUGUCCUUCGCCGCGCUCGGCGAUCCUGCCGCGCCGCCGCUCUUCGAGGAGACCUACUACUCGAUUGGCGGCGGCUUUUUCGUCGACCAUGACGGCGUUAAGCAGGACGACUCGCGCGCCAAGGUGGGACAAGUCUCGAGCGGGGAGGCUCCGCGAGCGGCGCCGUUCCCCUUUGCCAACGCGGCCGAGCUGUUUGCGCUGUGCGAGCGCGAGGGGACCACUGUCGCGGAGCUAGCCCGACGGAACGAGCUGUCCGAGCGGAGCGAAGAGGAGCUGGAUCGCUAUCUCGCGGCAAUCUGGACGACCAUGGACGCGUGCAUCGAGAGGGGUAUGCGCGCGAGCGGGCCCCUCGAGGAGGGCGGCGCGGUGGUGCGGCGCGCCUCGAUGGACCGGAACUGGCUAAAACGAGCGGGUGCCGCCGCCGAGAAGAGCGAUUGGGUCGUGGCUUGGGCAAUGGCGGUCAACGAGGAGAAUGCAGCCGGCGGUAGGGUAGUGACCGCGCCAACCAAUGGCGCAGCUGGAAUACUGCCCGCCGUCUGCAAGUACUACUCCGAAUUUGUGCCGGGGGCGAACGCGAACGGCCUCGCGGAGAUGCUGCUUACCGCCUCGGUGAUCGGUGGGCUUUUCAAAAAGGGAGCGAGCAUCAGCGGCGCGGAGGUGGGGUGCCAGGGGGAGGUCGGCGUCGCAUGCUCCAUGGCCGCAGGCAGCCUUGCGGCCGCGCUCGGCGGCUCGCUCCGCCAGGUGGAAAUGGCGGCCGAGAUUGCGAUGGAGCACAACCUCGGGCUGACCUGCGACCCGGUCGACGGCAAGGUGCAAAUCCCGUGCAUCGAGCGCAACGGACUGGGUGCGACGCGCGCUGUCGACGCGGCGCGGCUCGCCAUGCGAAGUGAGCACCAGCGGGUAAUCUCGCUGGAUACAGUCAUCGAGGUCAUGUGGAAGACGGGGCAGGACAUGAAGCCGAAGUACAAGGAGACCUCGCUCGGAGGUCUGGCCAAGCUGGCGCAGAACGCGACCUUCUGCUAG